CGUGAGUAAGCCAAAAGUUAAUUCCAACAACACCAAACACCAUGGCUCCAACGCGCAAACGGACGAAGAUCGAUCAAGCACGCCAGUUCCUCAGCGGCGGUGCUGUCUAUCGUGAGGAUUCCGACGACGAGCUAGGCUACGAGGACCUCCCUUGGGAAUGGAUCUAUGAAGAACACGAUGAGGCAGAGGACACACAGAACGCUACGCCUAGGAAGCGCAAAGCUUCCGAAGCGUUGGGAUCAAAGCGCAGUAUUGUUGGAGCACGAAUGGGCACCUUCAAAUGCAAGAUAGGGGAUAUAGUGCUGCUGAAAGCUGAAGGAAACCAAGCAUGGGUCGGCAUCAUAUGCGACUUCUAUCAUGAUGAGGACGAGGACGAGAAGAUGGCAAAAUUCCUAUGGUUUCUAUCCGAACGCGAAAUUCGCGACAAGAGCACAAAAAGGACUGACUUCCUACCCAACGAGUUGUAUAUCUCCACAGCCACCGACGAUAACCCCUUAGCUUCAAUCAACGGCACUGCGACCAUAGUAUCUGCGGAAGAGUUUCAUCGAAGACACCCAAAUGGUCAGGUGAAAAGGACAUCGCGCGACUAUGGGAAAAUCUUUGUUUGCAGGAGAGGCUGCAAUCAGCGUACAACUACAUACACCCCUGAGUUCCAGUGGGACGAGGUAUACCAAGGUGCCGACGAUAUUGCCGCUCUUGUGGAGCGUGUGGAAACACAGACCAAAGCUACCAGGAAAAGAGGGCCCGGUCGACCACCGGGGCGUACUGUUAAGGCAACGGAAGAUCAGGACGAGUUUCUUGUUCCCAAGUCUGACGAUGAUGGGGCUCCAAAGACACCCAAAAAGCGCCGAAAGCUGAACAUCGCAACCACACCAACUUCUGCGAAAAAGGACAAUCGGAAGUUCCUCACCCCGACCCACAAGCGUAUAGUGAUCAAAAAGCCGCUCGAAUUUACCCCGCUUGGAACUCGUAUACUAUCCCCGUCGGCAAUAUCCUCACCUUUCCAGCAGGCACGGAACCAGCUCCAUGUUUCUUCGGUCCCAACAGCGCUUCCCUGCCGCGAGGAAGAGUUCUCGACAGUGUACAGCCAUUUGGAAGCAGCUAUCACAGAUGGAUCAGGAUCCUGUAUCUACAUCUCUGGUACCCCUGGUACAGGCAAAACUGCUACCGUGCGGGAGGUUGUGGCACAAUUACAUGCAUCGGUCCAGGCCGAAGAACUGGAUGACUUCAUUUUCGUCGAAAUCAACGGCAUGAAAGUCACCGAUCCCCAUCAAUCCUACUCCCUGCUGUGGCAAGCUUUACGCGGUGAUCGAGUCAGCCCAGCGCACGCACUCGAACUUUUGGAGCGAGAGUUCUCGACCCCUUCGCCCCGUCGAAUACCAUGCGUGGUUCUCAUGGACGAACUAGACCAGCUUGUCACUAAGAACCAGUCCGUCAUGUACAAUUUCUUCAACUGGCCUGGACUGCGGCACAGCAGGUUAAUUGUGCUCGCUGUCGCAAAUACUAUGGAUCUUCCUGAAAGAACAUUGAGUAACAAAAUUAGCAGUCGCCUAGGACUCACGCGCAUCACAUUCCCAGGCUAUACGCAUGAUCAAUUAAUGUUAAUUAUACAGUCCCGUUUGGAAGGCGUCUCCGGAAACGUCGUUCACCCCGACGCUGUCCAGUUCGCCGCACGCAAAGUCGCAGCAGUGAGCGGUGACGCACGGCGUGCUCUGGAUAUUUGUAGACGAGCUGUUGAGAUUGCAGAGACAGAGGCAAGAGCUCGAGAAGUCGAGGAAGAGUCACAGCCAGCAACGCCUUCAAAGACGGGCCGCAACAAAGCUAAAGAACCAUCAGGUCGGCUUCUUACCGAUUCCGGUGAUGCGGAUAGUAUAUUGCAGAAACGUCCUGGCGGUGCUAAAUCGAAGGGAGGUGUCGUAACGAUAGCGACGAUCAAACAAGCCAUCAACGAGGCCACGAGCAGUCCCCUGCAGCAGGCACUACGGGCGCUGCCGUUGGCUUCCAAAGUCCUACUUGCCGCGCUCUUGGCACGAAUCCGGCGGACAGGUAUUGGUGAAGCCGUUCUUGGGGAUGUUAUUGAUGAAGUCAAGAGGUUGGGAUUGAUGAGCCAGCUGCAACCCGUGCAUGACUAUCUACUUUCCACAGGCGACAUUGAAAAUAGCGUCGACACGAGGCAGAGUGUUGGAGGCGUCUCUGCCGCCUCGCAUCACGAAAACAAUGGUCAACAGGCCACAUCCAUGAUAACAAUAACGACACCCCGCGGCGGCAGAGGCGGCGUCCAUGGGAUCACGAGUUCAAAGAUCGCAGAUGGAAAAGCAGCUCGCGCCCUCGGGCUACGAGUCGCAGCCUUGGAGCUGGCAGAAGCAGGUAUCAUAGGUGUCGAAACACGACAUGGGGACCGCGUUGGUCGAAUGCGGCUGGGUAUUGGCGACGAGGAAGUCCGUCUGGCACUGGGAGAAGACGACGAAGUCAAGGGGCUUGGUUUCGGAUCCUCAUAGGGCUUGCCAGAUCUAUCUAAUCAGAAAGGCGCUGCCUUCAAAAACACGAGUCUCGACUGCCUUAAUUGUUUGUGAUAUAGUCGUGGCGC